AUGGUGAAUUCUUUUUGGUGGGGUCAUAAGCGAGAUUGGGGAAAAGGUAUUCAUUGGAUUUCGUGGGACCGUCUGUCUAUGCUCAAAAUUGAUGGAGGGAUGAGUUUCAAAAUUUUGAGUGCUUUCAAUUAUGCUAUGUUGAGUAAACAAGCAUGGAAUUUUAUGACUAAGCUUCACAACUUAGUUACUCGUCUCUACAAGGCAAGGUACUUCCCCAAAUAUGAUUUUCUUGAUUCUGAUAUUGGGCGCAAUCCCAGUUAUGUGUGA